GUCACCUUUGUUCAACUUAAAUUUAGUUUUUUUUUUUUCCUCAAAUUUAUUUGAUGGCAUGAUUUUUUGAUCCUUACUAAAUAGUUGUUAAGAAAUGUUGAAAUUUUUAAUAGUUCUGAAUCUUCUGAUUUCUUCUGAAUUUGUUUUUGUGUUUUACUAUCAUGUCUCAUGCUUUCGAAUAUAAUUGGGUAAAUUUUCCCAAGAAAUGGGUAAUAAAUGGAAGGCUCAUAACAUGUAAUAGAAGAGAGUUAUCAAUGAUGAUAAUAAUAUUUUACUAUUAAGUACUUCAGUUGGACAUCUCACAAGACAUAAAAGCCCUGUAAGUUUUCUUCUUUUUCAAAGUGCAUGUCUUUUUGGUGAUUCUUUCAAUGCUUGGACAUCUGUUAAUUUUGUGUGAUUUUGCUUUGGAUGGUUGUUGGGUUUGAUUGGAUUGUACACUUAUUUAAAAAUGGAUAAUCAUUCUUCGAGUUAAUGGCUGAAUUGUAGGCUUGGCUUGAUUUUGCCUUUUAAUUUCCUCUAAAGUUGUAGGUUAUAAUUCAAAUUAUGGCUAUCUUGAAGCAUGUAUAAUUUUUGUUCUCUUUUAUGAAUUCAGAAUAGGCGUGUGUGUGUGUGUGUGUGCAUGUGUGAUUAAAGCAAUGAUGUUUUUGUUUGAAAUUUCGAAAGUGUUUGUUUUCCAGAUUUUUAAUCACUAAUCUGUUAGAAGCCAAAGGAUUCAUAUGCAGACAAAAUGUUUGGUGUGUAAAGUUUAAAAGAAUUCAUUUUUAUGAAAAAGAUAAAUAGGUAACUAUAAGAACCUGCUUUGGUUAUAUUAACGGGGGAAUGCAACUAUAACAAUUCAUUAAAUGCGAUGAUAUAAUCUGAUAGUAUGGAUUCUUUUAAAGAUUUUUUGCGAUUAUUUUACAGUAAGUAUGUUGAGUAAUUUUCUGGAGAGUAAACCUUUUAGAUUUGAAUAUGCAGCAAUUAAUGCACUAGAAGGAUUCCUCUUUCAAUGGUGAUUUGUCUUUUUGACAUAUUCAUUGCAAGGACAAAUGAGAAGUAAUCGGAGGCUGUUGUACCUUACAUUAAGAGUGAACAGUUCAUCCUUUGCGAAGGACAAAACAGGAGACAAGGUUUUUUACUCCAUAUGGGACGGAGAGAUAGUGAGCCAAAACAAAUCACAAAGGCAAACACACAACAGUUUGAUGAGGUGCUGUAAAAUUGCUGAAAAAGGCUGCUUCCUCAACAAUCAACAGUACUGGAGAAAACCUUUUAGCGUUGCAGUGCAUUAUGGCUACGGAAUCACCAAAGUGUAUAACUGUGAUUGAUGGAUCCUUCACUACUGAGGACCGUCUUCGAUGAGGUAGGCCGCUGCCUUCUCUUGGUUCUUACAGCAAGACUUCAAGGAGGAUAGGCCUUUCUUAGACUUUGUCUCUCAUAUCGAUCCCAGGCGCAUUUCCCAGUACUGCAUCAAGAGUAGGUUGUUUCUCGCCGUGCCAAUCCAUUUUGAGUUCUCUUGCAGUGAGGCCACUGGCUGGGCAAAUUGAAUGGAUACUGAGCUUCGGUUUGUGAAGCAGUGCACGACCCUGACAAUGGCCAAGGCUUUGGACGCUGUCUUCAUGACCAAGAAGUAGGUUAUUCGCCUUGAGCCUGAACUUCUUCGCCAUGUUGUUAGGAGGUAGAGCUUAGAGAUCCAUUACUUUGUUUGUGCCUGGGGAGAAUGUACCCUCACUCUGGAAGAUGUCGCCAAUAUCAUGCAUUUUCCAAUUGCGGGUAAUGUGGAUCCCUUCCACUAUGUUAUUCCUCAUGUAGAUGCUGAUACCUUUGAUAUUUCUAACUCUCGGUUUUUUUUUUUCUGAACCUUGAGAUGUUGUAAUAGCGGGCUAUGAAGACAUUUUUUUCCUCA